AUGGCGAUUCGGGGUAGGCUGUGCCGUAUCUGUAGCGGCUUCGGCUUCGACAAGGACCACCCACCCUUCGGUAAGAACGUCCUCGCUGAAAAUAACAUCUUCAAACCCAAGGCCAUACUCAAGCUCGGCCGUUUGGGCGAGGUGCGAUUGCGAGACUGCCCACUCUGCAAGCUCGUCACGUUUGCCACGCUCGAAAUCCAGCGGACCGAGAACUACUCGCUAGACGACGGCGACGAGGUUGGCUUGUGGUGGCUCGCCCACACGCCCGAGGGAACGGUUCUGUCUUUUGUCAGGCUGAGAUCUGAGUCGACCCAUACGAGCUCGUCCGGCCUUUACAUGCCCAUUUCGCAGUCGCAGAUUGACUUUGGAAAACAUUGUCUCGUCGAAGUCUGCGAGUUUUCUCGGUAUGUGACGCUCAGCUACGUCUGGGGAUCUGUCCCCAGUCUUCGUCUUUCAAGGGCAAACAGAUAUCGCCUGAUGCAACCCGGCGCGAUGCGACAGGCCUGGCAUCUUAUUCCCAAGACCAUCCAAGAUGCCAUCACGACGACACAAGUGAUCGGAGAGCGUUACUUAUGGGUGGAUUCCCUGUGUCUUAUGCAAAAUGAUCCCGAAGAUCUACAGGAUGGCACAGGCGUCAUGGAUCUCAUCUAUGAGCAAUCCAUCCUUUGUAUCAUAGCGGCCGGUGGGAAGGAUGCAAACGCCGGCCUACGGGGGGUUGGCCCCGGAAGCCGCGGAACGUCACAGACAACAAUAGCUGAAAUAAAGCCCGGGCUUCGACUAGCUGUCUACACGGAUCCUUGCUAUCUCUUGAAAGAUACAGUAUACGAUUCGCGAGCUUGGACGUGA